AUGUCCAGAAUACACCCGGAUACAUCGAACUAUCCCUUUAGGUUCGAGCCGUUUCUUCGGCAGGAGUACUCCUUCUCUCUAGACCCUGACAGACCCGUAUGCGAAUUCUACAACCCUAGGGAAGGCCCGUCUUCGUGCCCAAACGGAAAUUCAUGUCCCAAUAAGCAUGUUCUGCCAAUAUUUCAGAACAAAAUAGUCUGCAAGCAUUGGCUGCGAGGAUUGUGUAAGAAGAAUGACCAGUGCGAGUACCUGCACGAGUAUAACCUGCGGAAAAUGCCGGAGUGCGUGUUCUUUUCGAAAAACGGCUACUGCACACAAUCGCCGGAGUGCCAGUACCUACAUAUCAAUCCAAGCUCCAAAAUCCAGGAGUGUGAAGACUACAGGAUGGGAUUCUGCCCCGCUGGUGCGCAAUGUAAAAAGAGACACAUCAAGAAAACGAUGUGUCCUCGCUACAUCACUGGGUUUUGCCCGUUGGGAAGACUCGACUGCGAAAUGGAACACCCUCCGUUUGUGAUACCGAACGAGCUGAGCAAGCUGCGGAUCAAGAACGAUGAUGAAAUAAACACGAAGAAGCAGGAUGAGGAAAAAGAACGGCGUUUAAACGCUAUCAUCAAUGGCGAAAUCAUUGCGUAA